AUGCGAAAGGACUUCGACGUUUGGAUGAGUACGCCAUACCACCGAAAUGUGGUAAUUCCGUGCAUGAUUGGGGUACUUUCUGCUAUUUUAGCUGUUGCCAUCUAUCAAUUAGUCAAAGCUGCUAUCCGAAGUUGUACAAGAAGAUUUCGUCGAUACCGCUUAUCCCGCCUCACCUGUGAAAUUGACGGCGAUAAGAAGCGCAUGUUGCCAAAGCGCGGAGACAGCGAUGACGAAGAGGACAUAUGA